AGUACUCAACGGGCUUUUUAUGUAAAUUUUUCAGGAAGUUGUACCUUCUUUCACCUAAUGCAUACUGCCCGUUUCUUUUUUCCUUUAACUAUUUACUUAUAGCGGGUAACUACAUACAUUUAAGCAUAGCGAAUAAUUCGUAUUUUAGCUACUUUCCCUUGUAACUCAUGCCAAAUAUUUAGCUAGCUCGCUCAUCGGCUAACUGUAAUUUAUUAAUUGAAUCUGCAGAUACUGAAGAGCCAGGUAACCUGGAAGCACAGCCAUGUCUUUAGAAUCCUUCCAGACCUUUCAGCACCAGCUAAGUGCUAUCCUGGAAACACUCCUAGCCACAGCUUUUAGGGACAUCACACAGCUAGUAAAAUAUAGCCUCCUACAUGAUAUUGUUCAUAGCAGAGAGGAAGCGCAGGUCCUGACUGAAAGACUACAAGGUGCAGGUGGACAAAGGAGAGGAAAAAGCGAAUGCAGAGAAGCUGGGGAAGAAAAGAAAGAUGUUUUGUUUGUUGUGAAGCAAGAUCCAGAGGCAUCUGGUGAAGGAGAGAAGGUGAUCUCACCUAUGUUGCAGAAUGAGGAAGACUAUGGCCUGGAGUUAGGGGCUUCCCUGUUAAGGAACUGCAGAGCAGUUGAACAUCUGUCCACCAUAGGUGUGAAUUCUGAAGCUGAAAUGGACAAACGUGACCAGCCUUUCCAUGGAGAAUCUGCUCCAGCACAAAGCUCAGAAACAUUCACUGUGAGACAAAACUGUCAGUGGACUUGUAAUUUACUCACAGGCAAUUACAGAAAUGAGACAGAACGAGCAACUCAGCCAUCUCCUCGUGCCAGUGAUCAGCUGCAGAGGUGGGAUGUUCAGUCUGCCUGCAUAGCUUCAGUUUGUCUUAAUAAGGAGGAGGACACAGAAGGAGUAGGUAACAGACAGGGUAAUGCCUUACCUUUUGUAGUGGACAUAGCGGAUCGUACUUGCAAAGCACAAGGACAGCUUGGACAAACGCCACCAAACAACAGGGACACACGGACAUCAGAAAGAGGCUCAGAGUUCCCAAACACAUUAACAAGAGAAGUGGCUCUAACCAUGAGAGGGAUAUCACCAAGGUUAUCCUCCUUACCGUACACAACAAAUCCCCCAACUACACCACGUGUUACUCCAAACACAACUAGAGGAAAGUCAGUCCUGCAGUUAAGCCCUGGAUUUAUUACUCCAAAUAGUAUGCGCGCCAAAGAGAGUAUUCCACAUAAAAUCAAUAGAGGCUACAUUGGUAAAGGCCAUUCUAGUAUGGGACAUACCAGUGAAGUUACCUUUUCUCAGAAAGGCCAUGUAGCUGGACCUGUUAAUGCUGGAGAAGUUAAGAAAAAGUUUCAUGAGUGCUCUCAUUGUGGUAAGACCUUCCUCCUAAAAAGGAAUUUGCUAUACCACCAAAGGUAUCACAUGGCAGAGAGAACUCACACUUGCACAGAAUGUGGAAAAGGCUUUGUAUACAGGUGCCACCUGAAAGCUCACAUGAGGAGUCAUUCAGGUGAACGAGCAUACAACUGCACUGAGUGUGGGAAGUCAUUUAUCUACCUGUGGAACCUUAAGAAACACAUGACCAUCCAUUUGGGACUGAGGCCAUACUGCUGCUCUACCUGUAACAAAACAUUCAUUUGGAAAUCAGACCUGAAGAAACACAAACAGAUUCAUACCAAGAAAACCAUUUGACCUGGUCAUUAAUUUUGUGGUGUGUUAAUCACUAUGCUUAUGUCAGAAGUGCCUUCGGUCCUGAAGAUUGACUGCCCUUUACACUUUAGUUCCACCUGGCUGCUGUAUCCAGAUUGUAUUCCAGGCUGGGUUUAACUGGAUAGCGAGAUAACAGUUGUAAAUAAACUCUAGAGGGUAGUAGAGCUCCAUAAUGAGAGUUGGCUCAAAUGAAUUAAUUUACUGCAUUUGGAAUCAAACUCUUCAGCAUAAUUCCCAGGACCAAGGUUGUUCUGUACAACAGGUUUAGCAUGAUGCUGUGUUUAGUAGACUAAUUUGUCCUCACUAACAGACAGGAAAUCAUGCACUUGGGCUUGAAGGUGAACUUUGGACAGCUUAGGGAAAAGAUACAGUUCUGCUCAGUUGCACUCACUGGAGACUGUUAACAAUUAUGCAGCUUUGUAUUAGGUGAAAUUAUGAACUGCCUACAAGCAGUGGUACAUUUGCCUGCAAAAUGAAUAUAUGUAUCACUAAGUCAUCUAAGGAAACAUUCACUUUGUGGCAGGAAUGAUAACUGGUUUUACAAAUAUUCUCAAAUAAGUGUUGUAAAUGGUUGGAAGUGUACUUUUUUCAUUUUUAGUUGAAUUUUUAAUUUCUUAUGACACUACUGCAGGCUACAUAGUUGGGCAUCUUAUCCAACAGCUGUUUUUCUUGAAAAUUCAUUAGUUAAAAGAGAUCUUGUUGUUUUUAUAUAUAUGUGUGUGUGUUUGUGUUUUUGUUCAAAUUAAUGUAUAAAAAAUUCAAACUAAUAAAGUGCUAAUGCGUGUCAUGUCA